AGUAACUGCUUUAAAAGAUUCACCGUAAUUACGCAACGGCAUAGCAUAUAACCCAUUUAACCCCCAUUUAAAUUGCCGAAGUCUCUACCAAUCUUUUUCCAUCUGUGAAUAUUUUUUGGAUGACUAAAUGCUUAUGUAAGAAAUCGCUGGGAAAAAUCUGGGCAUUAAUGGGUUAAUACUGAUUAUUUACAAAGAUGAAACACUUCAAAACGAAUAUCCACUAAUUUAUUAAAGUGUAUUCUGGACUACGGCAGUUUCACUCCAGAGGGACACAUGCCCAUAAUAACGGUGCUUGUAUGGAGCUCCGCAUCUUUGUUUGACUGUGGCAGCUACGCUCCAGUUCCGGGGUAUAUUUGCAUUUUUGCGGAAUGGGCCUGUGAGGGGAGCAACCGGAGUGGAACAACCAGAGUGGAACAGACUCGGGCAGCCGUCGGAUAUGUUGACACAUUCCUUAAAGAAGGUCUGGCUGGUUUAUAACAUUCGGACCUUGGGCACGGCCAUCUCCAUGGCGGCCAGGCCCGUGACGGCGAGCGGGGUCACCGCUCACAAAAUAAGCAAGAAGGUGACGUUCUACGCGAACGAGUCCGCCGCCGCCCACGGGCCUCCGCAGGUGGGCGGAGUCAGGCCGCUGCUGGUGCUCUUUCCCUGGCUGGGGUCCCGCCCCAAAGCCCUGAGCAAGUACUGCGAGAUCUACUUCCGGGUGGGCUUCGACGUGCUGAUAGUGGAGAGCGAGCUCAGCCAGUUCUUGUGGCCCCGCUGGGGGCUGGAGUACGGGGCCAACAUUCUGGACCUGCUGCAGGACGACAGGUUCAUCUCCCGCCCCCUGCUGGUGCACGCCUUCUCCAUUGGUGGGUAUCUGUUUGCCCAGAUGCUAACGCACAUAGCACAGGACCCCCAGCGCUACCGGGGCGUGACGGAGCGGGUCCAAGGUCAGGUAUACGAUAGCCUGGUGGACGGAUCGCUGGAACGCAUCGCUGUCGGGCUCGGGAAGAGCAUGUUCCCCAACUUUGAAGGCCUGGUGAGGUGGCUAAGCCUGCUCUACUUUCGAGCGUUGAAGAAACAGACCCUCGAGCAAUUAAACAGCGCCGUGGUGGAGUUCUGGAACAACCCCAUCACGGCGCCCUCGCUCUUCUUCUACUCCGAGGACGACCCUCUGUGCGACCCCAGGAAGCUGGAGGAACUGAUGGAGCUGUGGAGUAAGCGCGGGACGCCCGUGCAGUGCAGGAAGUGGGCACGGUCCAUACACGCCGGUCACCUGCGCCAGCACCCGCAGGAGUACCUGACCACCCUGGAACACUUCCUGUGCACCCACAACCUCAUCCCCCUCAAAGCCAAAAUGUGAAAAUGCCACUCACCCACUAAAUCAGAACAAUAAUAAUGGUUUACAUUUGUCUCUUCACCGUGUGUCCACGACUGGAAGAUAAAGGUCUUUUCAUCACUUAGGAUUGGGUUAGACAAUAAAAAUGACCAUUCAUACUUACUAUUUUGGAAGCAGUUACAGUUGAGGCCAAAAGUUUAAAUGCACCUAGGCUUAAGAUAUUCAAACUCAGUUUUUCACAGCUCUGCACAUUUCACGUUACCAUACCCUAAUUGACUUGCCAAAAGAAAUGUAUCUACCUUGUUCACAUCAGAGAUAAUGUUAAAACAAUCGAUUAGAGACUAGAUUUUUAUUUCAUAAUUCCCUAUAUCAGAAUUCCAGUGGGUCAAAAGUUUACAUACACCAAGUCGACUGUCUCUUUAAACAGUCUGGAAGAUUCCAGAAUUUGAUAUGAUGACAUUUUAGAAGCUUCUGAUCGGCCAAUUGUCAUAAUUAUGAGUUAAUUGUGAGUUAACUGGCACCUGUGGCUGCAUUUAAGGGCCUACCUUUAGAGUCACUGCCUUUUUGCCCUUCAUACCAUGGGAAAAUCCAAGCAACUUAGCCAAGAAAAGAAUUUAGGAUAAAAUUGUGGACCUCCACAAGUCUGGUUCCUCCUUAGGAGCAAUUUCCAAACAACUGAAGGUACCAGGAGCAUCUGUACAUACAAUUGUAUGCAAAUAUAAAAACCUUGGAGCCACACAGACACUUCAUCGUUCAGGAAAGAGGCACAAAUUAACUCCCAGGGCUGAGUGAACUUUGUUUCGAAAGGUUCAACUGAAGCCCAAGACAACUACAAAUGAACUGGUGAAGGGGUUGGUUGGAGGCAUCGGGUAUCAUAGUAUCUACAUCCAGCAUUCAGAGAAUCCUGCAUCUCCUUGGCCUGAAAGGCUGUCGUGCAAGGAAGAAGCCCCUACUCCAUGACCAGCAUAAAAAAGCCAGAAUUAAGUUUGCAGGUGAUCACCAGGACAAAGACCUAGCCUUUUGGAGGAGUGUUCUCUGCUUGGAUGAAGCAAAAAUUGAACUGUUUGGCCAUAAUGAUCAGUGCUAUGUAUGGAGGAAAACGGGUGGGCAAUUCAAAGGCAACGCCACCAAAUACUAACAAAGUGUAUGUAAACUUUUGACCCACUGACAAUUUCAUAUAGUACAUAAAAUCUGAAAUAAAUCUCUCUCUUAGCUGUUAUUUUUAAAUGACCUCAUAUGAAAGUAAAGUAGAUACCCUAAUUGACUUAACACAGGAAAUGUAUUGUGACAUGCAUCUGACUAGCAAGCGUAAAUGCACGAGUGGUUAUUUUCUGGAUACAGUCUAGAUACAAGUUGCAUGAAAUGACCAGGUGUAAAUGGGGCCUUGGAGAGCUUUACCAGUGAAAUAUAUUAUUUUGCAUUACAUUUGUUUUAACUGGCACUCAAAUGUAAAGUGUCUGCAAGAGGACACAAGUACAUCCGCCUGAGUAACAGAAUGAAAUAACUCACUCAUUUGGUUUUACCUCUUGGUUAGUAAAGUGUUUUAUUGAAAAUACUCAGGGAUCUGCAAGAGUGUUUUCUAAUUUUACCUCCAUCGAACGAGCUGCAGUCUUUCAACCGAUAUGUUUGACCCAGGUCCCCCGUCGUCCUCAUACAUUGUUUACAAUACAGGCUGUUCUCACUGAUUUCUGGGAACUUCCAUGUUUUUGGUUUGUUACGCACAACUGAAACACUAUUUCACACUGUCUUAGUUCUGCAUAUAUGCUUGUUAUGAAGGUGCCGGAAUUCCAGACAGGUGUUUGAAAUUGUGUGUACUUUUUCUUUUAAACUACAGAAAAAAUGUUUUCGAUAUUUUAGCCAUAACAGUAGUUCAUAGUGUCUCAGCGACUGAAAUACUGCCUCAUUAUUUUGUGUAAUGUUCUGCCGUGUUUCUACUGAUUGGACCAAGGUCAGGGUCAGUGUAUCUGAAUGACUUCAGUGUUAUCUUUAGCUGUUUUAUAAAAAGGCAAGGCUGAACCAUUCAUACAGUCUGUUUGCUACACUACGUGUGAGCUUUCUGCAGUUCCAAUGCAACAGCCUUUAUGUUUGGAGCAUUUGGUGGGAUAGAUAUAAUUGCUGAUUCACUGUUUUGUGUGUGUUCUAGUUCAUGAAUAUUAAAUAACAGUUCUUACUUUCAAAGUAAAUAUUUAUGGUAUAUGCUUUAUAAUAUUUCUGCAAAGAUCUCUGUCAAAUCGAAAACAAUCCAUAUAGUACUGUUUAGAUGUGAGUCAAAUGUAUUUAUAAAACAGACGCAUAAGCAAAUAUUCCAAGUUUUUGAACUAAUUUCAUAAACGUAAGUUGUGAAAUGGUGCUACAUGUUUUUUUUUUCACGUUCAUCUCAUUAAACGAUGAUUUGUAAGCGAAUGACCUGAGGUUCCCCUGGGAAAAAAUAAAGCUAUUCCAUUCUAACUGCCAA